AUGGCCAGUCUGUCUCUGUCGGUGACGCUCUCCGCCUCGACCAGGAGUCGGAGCAAGAAGAAGACGAAGGAGACCAAAGAAAUCAACAUCUGCGACCUGGAGCGUCGCGAAACCUCCGUCUUCUGCUACUGUAACAACAUCCAGCCGCGAAACGCGACGGAUGCCAACUGCUGGAUUUUCGACAGAUUCGAGGUGGACAACCCGAUCUGGGGGCACUUCACCUCCCAACUGUACUUGGAGAAGCUGACUUUCACGGUGCGACAAGACGGCAGCAUCACCUACGUGCCAACGGCGGUCUUGAAGCAGCUGAAGAACCUUCAUUCGGUCACCUUCCAGUACGCCAGCAUUCCGGAAUUAGCGGAACGCUCUUUUUCGAAUCUCUCCAGCAUCUCGGAGAUCAACCUCAGCAGAAACAUGAUCGUCGUGCUCAGGAAGUUCGCCUUCGAGAACAUGAAGAACCUGACCAUGGUCAACCUGGACGAGAACCGCAUAGUCGAGGUCAACAGGGACGUGUUCGUGGGUCUGCCGAAGCUGACGAAGCUCUCCUUCAACCGCAACAAUAUUUCCACUCUCCAUGACAAGGCUUUCAAGCACCUGAGCACCCUGUUGGAGUUGGAAUUAAACGGCAACCAGAUCGCCGUCAUCACCAGAGACAGCUUCCAUGGUCUGAGGAAUCUACAGAAGCUCGACCUGCGCAACAAUCUCCUCUCCAUGAUCGGAGACCGCAGUUUUAUCGAGAUGCCGGAGCUGAGGGAGCUGGAACUCGACCAGAACAAGAUCGAGUUCAUCUCCGAGGACGCCUUGGAGGGCAUGAGGAACCUGAAGAAGCUCAGACUUAGCGAGAACAAGCUCGUCAGCUUGGAACCCGACUUUCUGGCCGGAGCUCCCGGGGUCUCCUUUCUGAACCUUAGGGACAACGCCCUGAGGACCAUGACCUUUGACAACGUCAAGCCCAUCGUGACGAACCUCUACAACAGCAACAGCUACUUCUACCUCGACGGCAACAAACUCAUCUGCGACUGCAAGCUCGCCUGGAUCUGGGGCCUGAGGAACGAGACGAAGAACAAGAAGCUGAGGGAUACUUUGGAGGAGCUAACUUGCUUCCUGGAGAGCAAUAACGCGAGCUUGAGGUCGAGCCAGGAGGCCGGGAACGACCAGCCCCUCGGAGCCGCCGACCGAGCCGAAGAAUACCAGGCCGAGAAGCCACGAGGGGGGAACGAGGAAGACGCUUACAUGGGCGACGGCGGGGAGUACUACGAGUACGAGGAGGAAUACGAGGACGCGGCUUCGAAUAGCAACGCUCUGCCCAAGGUCGAGGUCGUGGAGGGCAAGGUGGGGUACGUGCGACACCUGUUCGACCUAAAGCCGGAAGAGCUGCCCUGUCCGGAGCCAUCCCGGGAGGACCUGAUGGCGUCGGAGCAGCCGUCGAGUCACCGGGACCGAGCGAGGGCGGGCUCCUCGGGGUCCAUAUUCUCCCUGUCCUCGGCCGAGGCGCUCAUCGGCAGCCGAUCCACCCUGGGCCUCUUGCAGCUCCUGGUGGUCGCGAUCUUCACGUAGAAGCGCAACGGCCGCCGCCGAUGCGGAAGGACUGUGUCGAGUCGCGCCCGGGAGAUCCAUAUCCGAGAUCGGCUC